CGAUUUUUCACAACUUAAUGUUGGACGUAGUACAGUUGUGUCUAUUUUUCUGACCAGGUUGUGUAGUUUCGUGAUAUACGAGCCGCUCGUGAACGCACCAUGAAGGAGGUGGGUUUUCCUCCUUUUUUUUUCUGCUGUUUGGUCGGAACGAAGAUUUUUCUUCCCCACAAAAUCAAAUUCUGCUGCCGUGAGAUUUAAUGAGGAUUAAAGCAGAAAUACAGCACGACCUAAAGUCCUUUCCGGGUUUAACAGCCGAAGUUUUAACCUGCCUGGACUGUAACUAUUCCGGUUGGAAAAAUAAAGUUAUUCUCUUCUUGAAGUUGGAAGGAAUGUGAGAAAGUUUUAAAAAUAUUAGAAAACUUUUGAUAUAAUUUUUUCCCCUCGUAAUUUUCUUCGAAUUUGGUGGUGAUGAAGAAUAACGGGAUCUAAAGCCGCUGGAAGAGUCGUCGAUAUUUUUUGGAUGCGUGCACCAAGAAGACGAAAGAAAAGAGACUUUUGUAUAAAAAUGUUUUUUGGAUGAAACCCGCUGAAACCUUAAAGAAGCCCAAUGAACGGCACACAGUCCACAUUAACUGACAGGACCCCAAAUAUUCUCAACAAGGAUCUGACAGACAAGAGACCAAAGUUUGAUAAAUCAUCCAUCAUCCUCAAACAUGACUUUGAUCAGACAGGUCUUGUCCAGCGCUGUGUGAUAAUCCAGAGAGAUAAAAAUGGUUUUGGACUGACAGUAAGUGGAGACAACCCCGUGUUUGUGCAGCUGGUCAAAGAAGAUGGCGCUGCGAUGCGAGCUGGUGUGCAGACAGGAGAUAGGAUUAUUAAGGUUAAUGGGAUUUUAGUUACACAUUCAAACCACAUAGAGGUUGUAAAGCUGAUAAAAUCGGGUUCCUAUGUUGCUCUGACGGUGCUGGGGAGGCCACCAGGUCUUCCACAGAUGGUCCUGGAGGAGGAGGAAGACGGGAGUGACGUCACUCUGUCCUUUGCUCCCUCAGGACCUCAUUUAUCUCCACGGACAGGUGGAGAGCGACACAUGAUGUCCUGCAGUGAUCAGGAGAACAUCACCGCCUCCCUGCUCCACGGGGAUCAAGUCCUGGAGUGCAGAAAUAGCUGUAAUGAGAGGCUCUGGACCAACACCAACUCUAUGAACAAUAAUCUUCAGCCAGGGAGUUCAAGCAGAAGAGAGACGCUAUGUCAGAGCCCCAACAUCAGCCGGCGACAUGAGCUCAGAGUCUCUCCGUCACCUGAUGCUAACGACACGCUCAAUGACUCCAGCGUGCAGUGCAUUGUGGGUAACCCUCCAUACCACCUCAACCCUCAGAUUAUUGGAGCAGAAGAUGACUAUUUUGAUUCUCAGCAAGAUCAGCUGAAUGGAGAGUGUAGCUCCUUCCAGAGUUUGGACCUGCUGAAGUGUCGUCCAGCUCACCUCGCCGCUUUCCUCCAUCAUGUGAUCUCGCAGUUUGAUCCUGCUCCUGUGCUGUGUUAUCUCUAUGCUGAUCUGCAUAAACACCAGCUCCAAGAAAGCCGUCGCUUCUUCAUGGAAUUUCAUUCGAUCUUCAUGGAUCGAGCAGCAAAUCUUAAAGUUCCAGUGCCAGAAACAAUUGCAUCAGAACUGGAGAGGAGGAGGUUGGACUUGAUUCCUGAGGAUCUGUGUAAGCAGUACAGCCAAUUCUUGCAGGACGCCGUUCUCCCCGACCUGCACAGCAACUUGGAAGACUUCAGGCAGAAGCGCAGUAUGGGUCUGACCCUGGCAGAAGACGAGCUGUGUAAACUGGACUCAGAGCGAGAAAAAGACCAGCAGAUUUUGGAGAAGGAAUGCUGCUGUGCAGAGCACAUCCUGUCCAAGAUUGAGGAUAUCCUGAUGACAUCACAGCCCUCAGAGGAGGAGAAGUGCACAACGAUGCAGUAUGUCAUCCUCACCUACAUGAAGCACCUCGGAGUCAAAGUGAAGGAACCUCGUGGCCUUGAACAUAAACGAGGACGCAUCAACUUUCUGCCAAAAAUCAAGAAGAGCAUCAGGUCUGAGAAGGACGGAGAGGAGAAGAUUAAAAAGCCUCGUUUUCCCAACAUCCUCGUGCCGCCUCGGCGCCUCAGCAGAGUCGAUUCCACCUCAGUCGGUAAAGCCGUGGAGCUGAACAGACAGUGUUCACCCAAACUCACCUCUCAGCCGGCGUUCACCAUCCCAGAGCAACCCGAAUCUCCUGCUGCACAUUCUGGCCGGAGCCGAGGAAAUCUGCUGAGUGAGGGGUCCGAGGCCAGCAGUCCCUGUUUGCCUUCCAACUCCUCCUCCCCACACAGCUCCCCCACUGGUCACGCUUCAGAUACCUCCGGACAAACCUCUGACUCCAAUACGUCUCCGUUCUCCGCUCAGCCCAAACUGAGUGAGACUCUGCAGACCGCCGAAAACCAGGAUGGUGUCUCCACGCUGACUGGUGCUCAGUUUGACUUCAGUCCCUCCAACGCAGAGCAGUUACAGGAAGAGGAUCAGGAUGGUUUUAGCAGGCUGGACGCCGUGAGUUCUGCUGACGUCCAGAGCGAAGACGAGCAGGGAGUGGAGGUGGACUGUGAAGAAGACCCUCUGAACUGGCAGGCUCUGGUCAGCCGAGGCAUCUUGGCAAGUCUCACACCACAGGAGAUCAAAAGACAGGAAGUCAUCAACGAGCUUUUCUACACUGAGCGUGCACACCUGCACAUGCUGAAGGUUUUGGACCGUGUCUUCUGCCAGAGGCUGAACAGACACGGAAUCCUGCCCCCAGAUGACAUCAGACACAUCUUCACCAAUCUGGACGAAAUCAUUCAGUUACAUGCAUCGAUAACAGAGCAGAUGAUGACGAUGAGGAACAUGAGCGAGACGUCAGUGAUCGGUCACAUCGGAGAUGAUCUUCUGUCGUGGUUCAGUGGAGAAGAAGAGGAGAAGAUUAAAGGAGCAGCAGCAAUGUUUUGUAGCAACCAGCCGUCUGCUCUGGAGCUCAUCAAAAUGAGGAAGAAGAAGGACCAGAGGUUCAGCUUAUUCAUGCAGAAAGCAGAGAGCAACCGUCUGUGUCGCAGGCUGCAGCUGAAAGACAUCAUUCCCGUCGAAAUGCAGCGACUCACCAAAUAUCCGCUGCUGCUAGACAACAUCGCCAAGUACACAGAUAAUGGUGAGGAGCGGGACAAAGUGCGAAAAGCUGCAGAAUGUUGCAAGAAGAUUCUUAACCACGUCAACCAGGCUGUCAAAGAGGCCGAGAACAAACAGAGGCUCGAGGAGUAUCAGAGGAGGUUGGACGUAUCAUCACUCAAACAGAGUGAAAACCCGAUGAUCCUGGAGCUGAAGAAUCUGGAUCUGACAAAGAGAAGGAUGGUGCACGAGGGACCUCUGUCCUGGAAAGUUCAUAAAGAGAAGACGAUCGAGCUGUAUACCAUCCUCCUGGAGGAUAUUCUAGUUUUACUGCAGAAACAGGAUGAGCGUUUAGUACUCAAAUUCCAUGGAAAGAAUGCGGCUGCCACCGCCGACACCACACACAUCUUCAGCCCUGUCAUCAAACUCAACUCGGUCUUGGUUCGCCCUGUGGCAACUGACAACAAGUCUUUGUUUGUGCUGUCCAUGUCUGAAAACAGGGCUCAGAUCUAUGAGCUGAUGGCUCAGACGGUGUCUGACCAGAGAACGUGGCAGUGUCUGAUUACACAGUGUGCCGAAGCCAUGAAGGCGAAACCCAACAACAGUGAUGCAACUCCAGCGCCAGCCGACGCGGAACAGGAAGUGAUGGAGAUCAUCAACAGCGAGAUACCUACGGCGAAAAAACAUCUAAAUGCCUCGUCGCCUGGAAGUAUCUAUUCUUCAGACAAAGAGGUCACAUCUUCUCCGGAGACUCAUGGUCCACCAACAUGUCAGAACGCCUUUGAGGGCCUGAAAUCAGAGGAUGAGGAAGACGAGGUGGCCCUGGCAGAUGUACAGGACGAAGAGGAGGAGGUGGAUGAAGAGAUGCUGGAGGCCUUCCUGGACGGGCAGCUGGCAGCCGGACUGCAGGAAGGGUCACAUGACCAUGUCGCCAUUAACAACCAGGAGCAUGAUGCAUUCAAUGUGCAUGACUCCAAAGCCGAAGAUGCCCUGAAGACGUUGACGAUGCUGAAGCAGGUCAUUUUUGACCACAUGAUGAGCAGAACAUCGGAGGAAAAGAAAGAAGAGACAGAGGAGGAGAAGAUUCAGAGCGCCACUCCUGCAGAUCUGUCGAGGGCUUCUGAGGAACCUGCUGCUGCAUCUGAGGAGAACCCAUCAUCUGCAAACUUGCAGAAAGAUGAAUCUGAACAGCCAAUUACAGGAAGGUCUGAGGCCCCUGAAGCCAACGGUGGGUUUGUGAUCUUGGACUUUGACGCGGGUGCUGAGGAGAGCAGCACUGAUGAUGAUGGAUUAGAAGGAAGUGAUGUAGUAAUUGACUUGGAGAAACUGCUGUCCUCCUCCUCACAAACAGGGGGCAGCGGCCCCAACCUCAACCGGCAGCUAAUGACCUACCUGCGCCUUCUACAGGCCGACCUGGAGUAUCUGAAGGAAGUCGAGAUGAAGUUUAAUCAGCUGCAGAAAACACUGAUCGACACGCCUACUGACUCAGACGACUAUGCCGAUGGGAUACAGUGACUAAGCCACUUGACAUUUGCGCCGCUUGAUAACGGCGACCUAAUGUGAGCGCUCGCUGCAGGAACAUGACAAUCAGUGCACGACAUCAUCAUCAUCAUUUUGAAGAAUAUUUAUAAAUUCCACGUUGUCCAGCCAUCAUGAGGACGGCUAAAGUGUCUGGAUAACGCCGCUGCCGUUUGCUUUAAUCAACUAAAUAAAUUUAACACUGGACUUGUGACGUUGCACAGACGAGCAAGAGACUCAAACUGAAAAUGAGAUUUUCUGACCAUCUUGAUGGAUCUUUUUUUUUUUUCCAGACACAGAACACGCUGUAGAUUGAAACGUUUGUACUUCAAUGCUUCCUGUUUCUGCACUCAUAUUGACUUCAGAAUGAAAAGUUUGUGUUUGUACACGAUCAUGUAUCCGGUCUGAAAAAGAUACUUUUAUUUAUACUUGUGUUUAAAACAUUUUGCAGCAAAUCGGACUCAGAGGCAUAACAACAGCACUUAGUGAGGUUUGCAUGGAGUCAGAACUCCUCCAGGCCACUGGGGGCACUGUAGCUGUUUAGUCAUUCUGCAGCAAAAAAAAAGAAGGUUUAUGUUGACAGGUUUUUUUUUAACGCCUCAAAUUCUCAUAGAAAAGCACAAAAUUAGAAAUGCUGCGAGCCUCCAAAUCUGUUGGACUUAAAAUUAUUCACUGUGGCAGUAAAACCUGUUUGAGAAAACAGGAUUAAAAAGUGAUCUGCAGACAAACCCCCAUGCUGCUUGGGGCUGUAAAUGGCUAGUUUAGGGCCCAAAUCCAGCCCAUGCACUAGCAAUUUGACAUCAUUGUUGUAUUAGCAUAACUUUUUUAUCUGCUUAAUGUCUAUUCACUGGCCACUGCACCAUGUGCACUAUGUUAACUGUCACAUGUGCUGCAGCAUGUCGGCUAUAACUGGUACGCAGACUGCACCAUGUGGGCUAUGCUAACUGACACGUGCUGCACUGAGUACAGUAUGCUAACUGGACCAUGGGCUGCAAUAUGUGUGCUAAGUAGCUCUUGAGCUGCACCAUGUGGACUAUGUUAACGAGCACACAAGAUGUGCCAUGUGGGCUAUGCUAACUGGCGCAUGUGCUAUGCUAUGUGGCAUCUGUGCUGCAUUGUGUGCACUGUGCUAAGUGGUGCACGUGCUGCUGCACCAUGUGUUCUAUGCUUAACUAGCGUAUCCCUAAAGUUUAGGAAUACUUUCCAUGCACUGUGACCAAAUUUAAACCAAAUUUCCUGCAAACAAAAAACUUUAGGUUGUUAAAUGUUCAGUUACAUUUUGAAGUUAGUCACUGUAGAUCAUACAACCCAGAGUUUUUCUGGCCUUUUCUUCACAAAAAGGACAAAGACUCAGAACAUGCGAUCAAUAUUAAUGAUUGGCAAUAAUAUUUUGGGUUGAUAUUAACACUUUUUGUUUGUUUGUUUUCUGUGUGACCCUCGUGACGCUCUGAAAGAAGCAAGGAUCGGUUCAUCAAAGUGUUUAUGUUUGUGUCUGACUUUACCAAUAAAUGAGUAAAUAGCAUUUGGA